GAGGAUCAGCAUGGCCUCUCAGCAGCGGACGGUGCUCAUCUCUGGCUGCUCUUCGGGGAUCGGCCUUGAACUAGCGCUUCAGCUGGCUCAUGACCCCAGGCAGCGUUACCAGGUGGUGGCCACCAUGAGGGACCUGGGGAAGAAGGAGCCAUUGGAGGCAGCUGCUGGAGAAGCUCUUGGAAAGACCCUCAGCGUGGUCCAGCUGGACGUGUGCAAUGAUGAAUCAGUGACUGACUGUCUCAGCCACAUCGAGGGAGGACAAGUGGAUGUGCUAGUGAACAAUGCAGGAGUAGGCCUUGUGGGGCCCCUGGAGGGACUCAGCCUAGCCACCAUGCAGAGCGUGUUCAACACCAACUUUUUUGGAGCUGUCCGUCUGGUCAAAGCUGUGCUUCCAGGCAUGAAGAGGAGGCGUCAGGGCCACAUCGUGGUGGUCAGCAGUGUUAUGGGGCUUCAGGGUGUCAUGUUCAAUGACGUCUAUGCAGCCUCCAAGUUUGCCCUAGAAGGGUUCUUUGAGAGUCUCGCUAUCCAGCUGCGACAAUUCAAUAUCUUCAUCUCAAUGGUGGAGCCAGGCCCAGUCACCACUGACUUUGAAGGAAAACUUCUGGCUCAGGUUUCCAAGGCGGAGUUCCCAGACACGGACCCUGACACCCUGGGCUACUUCCGGGACUUGUACCUCCCAGCCUCCAGGGAGCUCUUCCGCUCUGUGGGACAGAGCCCACGGGAUGUGGCCCAGGUCAUUGCCAAGGUCAUCGGUACCACCAGACCCCCACUCCGCAGACAGACCAACACUCGCUACCUCCCACUGACAGCGCUUAAGGCCAUGGACCCCUCUGGAAGCCUGUAUGUGAAAACUGCCCACAGGCUCCUUUUUCGCUGGCCUCACCUCCUCAACCUUGGUCUCCGAUGCCUGGCCUGUGGCUGCCUCCCAACACGUGUGUGGCCUAGACAAACAGAGCAGAACUGACCUGUCCCACCCUUCCACCUGGAACAGCAGGGCUCUGCCCAGAGACAGUCAGUACAGACUCUCUUGUUCACUCAUUCAGGCCCAUGGGGGAAGAAUUUGGGAUGGAGUGGGAGGCAGAGGGAGUUGAGGAGGUUCCAGCCAUGGCUUUACAUCACUCUGGAUUUCCCGAGGCUGAGACCACGAUCCCCUGAACUCACCAUACAUUCCUAUGCUGCUGAAAUCACACUGAGUCAGACUCAGCUGCAUCGAAGAGAGAAUCCUCAUUGCUAAGAGUGGUAACUAUACAAACAAACACAGCCAGGGGAAGCUGGUGUUAGACACUGGCUGGAUGUUAUUGCUGACCUGACAGGGAGGCUGGCCCAAGUUCAGCCGAUGCUGGAGACAGGCCCACACUUGGUUCUGCAUUGCUGCAGUCCAGUCGUCCCCAGCUCAGGCAGGACAACCCAUCCUGCAGCUGCUCAGGCUAAAGUACCUGAGUUUCUCUCUUGACAGUGAAGCUAUGUCUCCCCUCCCUCCCUCCCUCCCUCCCUCCCUCCCUCCCUCCCUCCCUCCCUUCCUUUCUCCUUCUCCUUUUUCUUCUCUCCCACCCCCAGAAGAUGUCAGCAUGCCAGUCUCAUGUCCUAACACUCAGCAGCACUCUACCAAUCUUUAUUAUUUACUUUGUUUUGAGGAGUUAUGUUGUUGGUUUGGGGGGGGGUUUAUUGUAUUGUUUGUUUUGAGACAGGGUUUCUCUUUGUAGCCUUGGCUGUCCUGGAACUCACCCUGUAGCCCAGGCUGGCCUCGAACUCAGAGAUUUGCCUGCCUCUGACUCCCAAGUGCUAGGACUAAAGCCUUGCACCACCACCACCCGACUACCAUUUACUUUUUAAAUUUUCUGUGUUUGAGUGCAUGUAUGGUCGCCAAUUGCAUGCAGUGCUUGAUGAGGCCAGAACAGGGUGUCAUAUCUCCUGAAACUGGAGUUACAAAUGGUUGCUGAGCCAAGAUUAAGGGUGCUGGGAACCCAACCCAGGUUCCUUGUAAGAGUUGCAAGAGCUUUUAACUACUGAGCCAUCACUCCAGCCUAGUGGUAAGAAUUGUUUGCAUCGAUGUAGAAGUCUCAUCUCACCCAGAGUAAGCAAUGUUCCAGGGGAGCAAACAAGCCAGCACGUAGACAGCAGCCCUUCAGGAUGGAGAUGAGCUUGAAGAUGCUCAUACAGCAAUUCCAAAGGCACAGGCUGUGGCCAAGUUAUCUCAUGAACUCUGGCACACGUGUGAAAUGAUGUAUUCAUUCUAGUGUUUAUAUAACAGCAAAAAACACCCUAGAGACAGCCAAAGGAUCUGUCAGUAGCAGACCAGCCCCAGAAAUGAUUAUUCCUGUACAAGACAGAAUGCAUUGCAGGUUUGAAAGAGAAAGGAAGCCUGAUUGGGCCUCUGCAGAAAAUGCUCCAAGGUGCAUUAUUCAAAAAAGAACUCCGUAACAGAGCAACAAGAUGGCUGCUCUCAGCAAAAAGGAUUAAAAUAAUGAUAUGCUUGGGUUUUUCCCACUAAAACGUUCUGUCUUAAUUAAAUAUAUAUGUGUAUAUACGUAUAAAUAUAUAUGUAUGUAUGUAUAUAUAUAUGUAUAAAUAUAUAUGAUGAAAUAUACACAAUGUGAAAUUUCCCAUCUUAAUUUUCUCUUCUGAGUUCAGGGCCUCAGCACUCUCCAGUUCCUGACCCCCCCCCCCCCACACACUUGCUAUAACUGCUAGGAUUGCAGUCCUGAGCCACCACAGCCAGUGUUAGCCAUUUUUUUAUAAUUUUAAUUUUACAUAUGUUGGUGUUUUGCCUGCAUGAUUGUGUGUGAGAGUGUGCCAGAUUCCCUGAACUGAAGUUACAGACAGUUGUAAGAUGCCAUGUGGGUGCUGGGAAUUGAACCCAGGUCCUCUGGAAAAGCAGCCGGUGUUGUUUGUUGUUACUGAGCCAUCUUUUCAUCCCCCAGCUUUAGUCAUUUUUAAAAAAUUAAAAACAAGAAGCUAGAGAGAUGGUGCAGAGGUUAAGGACACUGGCUGUUCUUCCAGAGGACCUGGGUUCAAUUCCCAGCACCCACAUGGCAGCUCACAACUGUAACUCCAGGUCCAGAGGAUCUGGCAUCCUCACACAACAUACAUGUAGGUAAAACACCAAAGCACAUAAAAUAAAAAUAAAUUAGUUAAAAUUAAAAACAAAAUCUGGAGAGAUGGCUCAACAGUUAAGAGCACUCAGUUGCUCUUGCAGCAGACCCAGGUUUCCAAACACCCACAUUAGGCAACUCAGAGUCAACUGUAAUUCCAUCCUCGGGGGACCCGCCACCCUCUUCUAACCACCAAGGAUACUGCACAACAUAUGUGCACAAACACACAAAGAAAACUAAAUAAAUCUUUUCAAAUAAAUAAA